AUGGGUCCUCAGAUCAAGAUGUUUGCUGGGCCCCUGUCGGCCUGCACCCGGCCAACAUGUCUCCCCGGAUCGCUACCUGCCUUCUCUCUGGCUCGAUGCUUCUCGACUACCUCGCCUGCUCUUGACUGGCUCACUCCCAAGUUUGCUGAAAAAUCGAAGUCUCCCAAGGGACGCCCGCACGUCGCCACUGGUGGAUCUACGCGCGGAACAACAGUGGUGUGGGGAGACUUCGGACUCCGCAUGAAGGACCAUGACCGCCGUAUGCCCUCGUCGGCCUUGAAGAUCGCAGAAGAGGCCAUCAAGCGACGAUUGAGAGGCAUGAACUACAAACUGUACAAGCGUGUCAGCGCCAACAUCGGUGUGUACACCAAGGGUAAUGAGCAGCGUAUGGGUAAGGGUAAGGGUAAAUUCGACUACUGGACUGUGCGACUUCCCGUCAGCCGUGUCGUUUUCGAAUUGAAGGGCGAUCUUCACGAGAAGGUCGCUCGUGAGGCAUUCAGAUUGGCUGGACACAAGUUGCCAGGACUUUGGGAAUUUGUCAAGAAAGAUGACCCUCCCGUCGUUGGAAUCACCAAGCUCGGCAACGGCGUCACCCUCGAAUCUCUCAAGCGUGCGCGCCGGGACCGGCCUCUCGGAACCGACAACCUCGACAAUCCGCCGCAAAGCACCUCCUCCAGCCCUUCUUCCUCUCAAUAA